AAAAGAUGAAUUUGAGUGUUUCAAAGAUACUAAAGUUGAAGAUGAUAUGAAGGCUGUCUUAAAUAUAAUUCAUGCAUCAAGAUCUAUUAGACAACAAAAUAAUGUAACUCCAGGAAAAUUUUUACCGUUUUUCAUAUGGACAGAUAUUCCAGAAUUAAUAAACAAUAAAAGUCAAAUAAUUAAAUAUUUUCCAAAUAUAAAAGAAUUUAUCAAAGCAUCAGAUAUUCAAGUUAUUUCUUCGGUUGAAUCUGAGAAAAACAUCCAAAUGACACAAUUAUUAAACAAUAGCGCAGUUAAUUUAAUAGCUCCAAAUUUAAAAGUUUACGUUCCAAUGACAGCUAUUUUAGAAGUUCAAUCUACCUCGAUUGAUGUCACAGAUACUGAACUAAAUAGAUUAACAAAAAAGUAUGAAAAGAUUACAAAAGAAUUAGAAACAUUGAAAGAAAGGAUUGAAAAUGCUUCAUAUUUGAAGAAAGUACCCGACAGGAUUAAAGAAAUCGAUAGAAAACGAUUAGAAAAUUUAGAAGAAUUAAAAAAAGAUUUAGAAAAAAAUGUCAAAUUGGUACAAAAUUUAAAAGAAUAA